AUGGCUCCUUCUUGGACAGCAGGAGCUUGGACAUUGUUCGCAGCAUUGGGUCUUAUUAGCUGCUGCAGUUUUGGCUGGUGUGAGCCCUCAAGGACUAGUAGUUUGACCCCAGGAGGGAGUAGACAGGAACAAGGAUCCUCAUCACUUGAACGAGUCAAGAGAGGAUGGGUGUGGAACCAGUUUUUUGUGGUGGAGGAGUACACAGGCACAGAGCCACUAUACGUCGGAAAGAUCCAUACAGACUCUGACGAAGGUGAGGGCAACAUCAAGUACACUAUCUCUGGAGAAGGGGCUGGCUCCAUCUUCAUCAUCGAUGAGCUAACAGGAGACAUCCAUGCCACAGAGAGACUGGACCGGGAAGAGAAGGCCUCUUACACGCUCCGGGCUCAGGCACGGGAUAGGCUGUCCAAUGACCCUCUUGAACCAGAAUCAGAGUUUGUCAUCAAAGUCCAGGACAUCAACGACAGUGAACCCAAGUUCUUGGAGGGUCCCUAUAUCGGCAGUGUGGCAGAGCUGUCGCCCAUAGGAACGGCUGUUAUGAACGUGACUGCAUCAGAUGCUGACGACCCUACAUACGGCAGCAGUGCCAGAGUGGUGUACAGCGUACUCGAUGGAGAAAAGUUUUUCACUGUUGACAGAAAAACAGGGACCAUCAUGACAGCAGUGGCGGAUUUGGACCGUGAGACACAGGAUCGUUACGAGUUGGUUGUCAAGGCAACAGACAUGGCAGGACAAAUGGGCGGUCUCUCCGGCUCCACCACGGUGACCAUAGUGAUCACAGAUGUUAAUGACAACCCACCGCGCUUCCCACAGAAGAUGUACCAUUUUUCGGUGUCAGAGGGGGUGGCUGUGGGGACACCAGUUGGACGCGUCAUUGCCACGGAUGCAGACAUGGGAGAGAACACAGACAUGAGCUACUUGAUCAAAGAGGGAGGGGACCUCUUCAAGGUCACUACCGAUGUUGAGACUCAGGAAGCUGUUGUCUCCAUCAAGAAGCCCUUGGACUUUGAGACCAAGCGCACACACAGUGUCGUGGUGGAGGCAGUAAAUAAGCAUGUUGACCCUCGCUUCGAGGACCUGGUUUCCUUCCGAGACCAGACCAUUGUCCAAGUCAGUGUGUCAGACAUAGAUGAGCCACCCAUUUUUCAACCAGCAGAGGGCGCAAUCAUGGAAGUGCAGGAGGAUGCCAAAGUUGGAGCGCUGGUUGGCAUUGUCACUGCCAGAGAUCCAGAUGUGAAGAAUAAACCUGUCAGGUUUUCCAUCGAUCGGACCACAGACCAGGAGAUGAUCUUCCAUAUUGAUCCUGAUUCAGGCGCUAUCACACUGGGCAAGAUUUUGGACCGGGAGACCGCAGGCUGGCACAAUAUCACUGUGAAGGCUGUAGAAGCAGAUAACCACACCAUGGCUUCCCACUCAGAAGUUAGUAUUCGGAUUCUGGAUGUAAAUGACAAUCCUCCUGAACUGGCAACACCAUACGAAGCCUCAGUAUGUGAAGAUGCCAAACCAGGCCAGUUAAUUCACACCAUCAGUGUGGUGGAUAGAGACGAGCCACAAUCUGGACAUCGCUUCUACUUCACCCUAGCCCCGGAAGCUUCCAGCAAUCGACACUUCACCCUGUGGGAUGUCAAAGACAACACAGCUGGAAUCUGGACCCAGCGGUCAGGCUUUAACCGCCAUGAGCAGAAUGUGUACUUCCUGCCUAUCCUGGUGGUUGACAGCGGGCCUCCCUCCCUCAGCUCCACAGGCACCCUGACAAUUCAUGUCUGUGGCUGUGACACAGAGGGAGCUAUCCAGUCCUGCAAUGCCACAGCCUAUGUAAUGAGUGCUGCUCUCAGCCCUGGGGCACUUAUAGCCCUACUGGUCUGCAUGCUCAUCCUCAUAGUCCUUGUCUUGCUGAUCCUGACCCUGAAACGCCACAGGAAGGGCCAGAGGAUGGCCGAGGAUGAGGAGGACAUGAGGGAUAACGUCAUCAAAUACAAUGACGAGGGCGGCGGGGAGCAGGACACUCAGGCAUAUGACAUGAGCGCCCUGAGGAACCUCUAUGACUUCCCAGAAGCCAAGAGCUGUGACUCUGGCCCGGACAUUCGCUCACUGCCGCAGUGGAUACAGGCUAACAGGGUGGGAGGGGGUGCAGAGGGACCAGCAGCGGCGGCAGACUUCUCCCUAUUCAAAGGCUACAUCCGAAAGAAGGUGGAACAGGCAGAUGCUGACCUGUCGGUGCCGCCGUAUGACUCCUUCCAGACGUACGCCUUUGAGGGCACCAGUUCACCAGCGCUUUCACUCAGCUCCAUCCACACGCUGUCCACCACCUCGGAACAGGAUUUCUCCUACCUCAGCGACUGGGGACCACGUUUCAGGCAACUGGCAGGCUACUACGCUCCAGGAAACCUUGAGGAGGAAGGGUCCUAG